AUGAACUCAUCACCAGAGGACCUAGCGAGCCCAGGAGACAAUUUGGCAUCGGGCCUCGACAACCUUCGUUCUCGGUAUGUAGGACUACAUCCCCAUGUGGAGGACAAUCAGAACUCGUUCUCAAGAUUGAUUCUUAAAUCUUCGGGGAGCAAGGUCGAGCACUACCUUGAUGAUCUUGCUGAAGCUUUUGGCAAACUACCCUCCAGUAUGCCUCUCAAGAUACGCGAUACUUUGUGGUGUAAUUUUCUUUCCAGGGAUAAUUAUACCAACGGCACCAUUAUCUCAGUUUGGGAAUUAGAUGACGACUUGAACGCGGAAUUCGUCCGGCUUGCGUUCUUUCAUCAACAUCCGGAGUUUGCAUGCACAGAACACCCAAUUUCUCAGGAAAAAAUGCUUGCCGCACUCGCAGCCCCGGUCCAUGCGGUGGCAAAGGACCUUCUAACUGCUGCGCAGCCAUCACCAGCCGACCCCGAUCAUAUCGAAAUCCUGAAGGAAGGUUACGAUCAUGAAUACUUGAGGAGCGAAGCUAUUGUGACACCGACCCUCAAGCGUCUCAGUAACAAUGCAAAAGAUUGGAAUUCAACCAAAUAUCUCGCCCCAUAUACCGCCCUGAUUGCGCCGAGCAUGAGCGGGAAGACUCGCUUGCUCAUGAAACUUUCGGAAAAAAUAUGUGUUGUUUACAUCUGUCUUCGCCCAGGUGAUUCGACUGGACAACCCCCAAGGUCCGUGCUGGCUGACGAGAUGGAACUCCCCAAUAAACGAGUUGAAGGACUGUUAGUACAUUAUUAUCGACUUCUGGCGGCUAUUUUCGACGUGGUGGCAGAAUUUUUCUCCAAUCCAUCCAACGGCAUUGAUGAGAAGGAUCGCCUCUUGACAUGGUAUAACUAUAAUCACCAAUGUGGCGAUGACCUGGCAACUCGAGUUCAAGACACAAUGAAAGAUUUCGGCCAGGACAAAAAGUCUGCUCUUGCCGCCUUCAAGACGAAAUUGGAGAAGUUGAAAAAUAACACAGGCUUUAUCAGCAAUCAGGAGCUGAAGGUACUGUUUGCCUUUGAUGAGGCACGGGCACUCAUCAAACGGGAAACAACCGGCGAUCAAAGAUUACCAUACUUUCGCGUGCUUCGUAGAGUUCUAUCCCAAGUGCCGCCUCGCCUUCACUUCUUUGCAAUCUUUACGGAUACCACAUCAAAUGUUGCAAAUUUCUGCCCUACCCUGCACAAUGAUCCAAGCGCAAGACCUCCACCCGAUUCCAAAAUGCUAUACGCACCAAUAUACGGAAUCGACACCUUUGACGCAAAGGUUCCCUCCCAUCCACCCAAGACAUGGAAUGAGCUGGUAUCACCGCAACGACUAUUUAGUUAUGGCACCCCAUUUUUUCGCAUUUACGUCGAGGGGGCCGAAAAACCGGAAAGGUCGAUGUCAACCAAUGAGAUUGUUCUAAACAUCAGAAAGAUCGCCAUCGACAAGCUACUCUGCCUUCCAUCCUCAUCUGACGACCUAUCCGAAGGUCAAAUUUUUGCUUUACUAGGUUCUACCAUCCAGCCACAGAUAUACGAAGCCGCAAGGCUGGAUUCAGAGUUGGUCUCAAGUCAUCUGGCUCAGUGCUUGUAUAUCUCGCCUUCCCGCGAACGAUUGAUCAGCGAGUACCCAUCACAAUUCACGUUGUCUAUGGCGGCCAACUCCUUCCUCGCAGAAAUGGAUUCUAGACUGAUUUCCUGCAUCAAGGCUCUCACUAAGUUUAUGCAACAAGGACUUAUCUCGUCGGGACAUUCUGGAGAACUGGCUACUAGAAUCAUCUUACUGCGAGCAAUACAGAAAGCCAUGUCGACUUCUCCUAUAACUACCAACCAAUCAGAUAUUCCAUAUGGGUGUUCAGUCCUAUUGGCAGAUUUCUUGCAGGCCUUAAUCGGUGAACAAUCGGAGUUGAAAUUGGACAUGCAUGCUGACCACCAAACUCGGCUGUUGAAAGAGGGUCGAAUCUUUUGGAACCACUUCACACAUAUUUCUUAUACACCAACUCAGGCCGACCUUCUUGAGUUCUUGUACCGAGGCCUGGCGGUACAGUGCAAGCCCAAUCAAUGGGGAUUCAACCAGAUGUUCCCCAUCUACCUCGCACCGGACCUUUCUGAGUUUGCACUUGAUGAAGAUCGGAUCUCAUUCUGCGGAGUACAGACGAAGAACGGCUUGGUCAAAUUCAAAGAGGAAGGUCCCAAGUGGAAUUCCCAAUAUGCAGGAGUCGAACUCAAAGACAAUAUUCCAUACCUAUUCAUUCUUUUCAGUUUCAAAACUACCAGAACAAAGCACACGCUACCCACAAUCCCUCAACGCGGCUCUCUAAUCUUCCAUGGCCUAGACCAAAUCAAAUGUCUGACACCUGAAAUUUCUAGUGCCUUGAAAGAGCUAUUAAGUGUUGAUCCGGAUAUUCGGGAUUUUCACAAAGACGACAAAGACCGCAGACGUUACAUUGAGAACACUCGCGCUGCCUUUUAUCGCCUCGGUGAUCGUAAAGUGGACUUGAAUUGUGAUUCGGACGAUGGAAUUGACGUUGAUUGA